GUGCAGUGUUUUCCUCGCCGCUUACAGGUGUGCGUCGAUGAAUAUUAAACGUCCCUUAGUUAACAAGCAUUUACGAUUGAGGCCGAGCUGACUCGUUUAGGCGGAGAACAGGUGCAGAAAGAUUCCCAGAUUCUCUUCUCAAGCCGUUUGAGCUGAACAGCGUUUGUGCUGGCUGAAAUGACAAGCUGCUUGAUUGAAAAUGACUCUGUAGCUUCAAUCAGUCUGUCUGAAUUAUCCAGCUCAUCAUCUGUGUCUGACAGAGCAAGUGUUCACUGGGGUUGUGUACUCAGUGGUUCUGAGACCACGGCUGUCUUUAAAGCUGAAAAUGACCUUCUGGAGAACCAGUUUUUCAUCAAAACGAUAUGUCUUAGUGAGGAGGCAGGAGACGAGAUGCAUAUCGUGGCUGUCUGUGACGGUGUCGGAGCUUCCAAACCAUUGCCCGUUGCCACCCUCCGCCACUGUAUGCCAAUGAUCAGUUUUCCUGGUUUGGAGCUAAUUCCCCCUGUCACCUUUAAACUGUGCUCGGGUAAAGGACCUGUGUUCAUCUCUGCUCAGCAUAUAACAUUGAAUCCCAUUGAAAUGACAGAGGGGGAGGAGGAGGAGGAUGAGGAUGAGGAUGAUUAAAUGCCAGCAAUGAGCUUAUUUUGACCAUCUGAACCAUAAUGGGUCCUGUGGGACAAUGAUUGUGCACCCUGUCAGUAUUUGAUGCUAAAACAUCACCGUGUCAACGUUGAAGAACUGUAUUAACUGCAAGUGUUUUAAUGCUAAUAAUAAAAUGACUAAUAAAAUAUCACUCUCACAGUGUAAAUAAUGGCACAAUUUUAUCUUACGUACUUUUCCUUAUCUGCAGAAUGAGAUGCAUACCUAAU